AUGGGUUCGGUGGAGAACUACCACGUGAUCGAGCUCGUCGGAGAAGGUUCCUUCGGCAAAGUCUACAAAGGGAGACGCAAGCACACUGGACAGACUGUUGCCAUGAAGUUCAUAAUGAAGCACGGUAAAACUGAAAAGGACAUUCACAAUUUGAGACAAGAAAUUGAGAUAUUAAGGAAGUUGAAGCAUGAAAAUAUUAUUCAAAUGCUUGAUUCUUUUGAAAGCCCGCAAGAGUUUUGUGUUGUCACAGAAUUCGCACAAGGUGAGCUAUUUGAGAUUCUUGAGGAUGACAAAUGCCUUCCCGAAGAACAAGUUCAAGCAAUUGCAAAGCAAUUGGUAAGAGCCUUACAUUAUUUGCAUUCCAACCGGAUCAUCCAUCGUGAUAUGAAGCCCCAAAACAUCCUCAUUGGUUCUGGAUCUAUUGUCAAGCUUUGUGAUUUUGGGUUUGCACGUGCGAUGUCCACAAACACAGUUGUUUUGCGAUCUAUAAAAGGCACUCCAUUAUACAUGGCUCCAGAACUUGUCCGGGAACAACCUUACAACCACACAGUAGAUUUAUGGUCUCUUGGUGUUAUAUUGUAUGAGUUAUUUGUAGGCCAACCACCAUUUUACACAAAUUCUGUUUAUGCUCUCAUCAGACACAUUGUUAAGGACCCGGUUAAAUAUCCCGAUAGCAUGACUCCAAACUUCAAAAGCUUUUUAAAGGGUUUACUUAACAAGGCACCGGAAAGUCGACUAACUUGGCCUGCUCUUCUUGAACACCCAUUUGUUAAAGAAACUAACAACGAAAUUCAGGACAGGGAACUGCGUGAGAUAAGUGGUUCGCCAAAGGACAGUGAUACAACACAGAGGGUUGAAAGAAAAACCAUUCAAACUUCAACAGGAAAAAACAAUCACAAAGCAGGUUCGGCGGAGCAUAUUUCUUCACCCCUUCAGAAUGAAGCUCAGUUAAAUGGUCCUAACAUGAACAAAACCAAUUCUAAGGUGCUUGAUGAGUCUCCUGGCUUUUCGAAUCAAAAUGAUGUAGCAGAGUCAGGUUGCCAAAGACUGGACAAACUUGAAAGUAACUCUCGCACUGUCAAAGGUGCAAAAGUAAUUGGUCAAGACAAUGAAGCAUUUGAAUUUGUUCUGCAACCCCUGAAAAGAUGGUCGAAGGGAUCUCAAAAUAUUUGCAGUGAUCAAGAUCUUCCUGCUUCAAACCAGUCAUUAAGAAUUCUCUCAAAUCUAGUUGAUGCCGGUGUCUUCAGUUCUAAUGGGCAAAUAGACGAACUCAUAAGUGAGCUUCUUUUGUUUACCAGAUCUGUUGUAGCAAUGAAGUCUGCUGAAGUUUUUGACCUGUUAACAAAGGGUUUCUCGAUCACCAAAAUUUUGCUUGAUAUUGGUGGGAAAUUCUGUUCAACCUCAUAUUCAAAUCACUGGGUUGAAUUGGUUGAAAUCUAUUCUCAGGUUGUAACUUCUAUAAAUGAUGCAUCUGGAAGAGUUCUGUAUGAGUCUAGUGCCUGCAUUACAGUCAUGUUGUCUAAGGUUACUCAGGCUCAGGUCUUAUUGCAGAGGACGGAAAUUAUGGAUCACAGACAAGAUCCCUUGUUUGAUGAAGAAUCAACAAAAAUGGUUGAUGUAAUGACAAGAGCAUUCCUGAGAUCCAAAGCUGUUCAGGUUGCAGUGUACUAUUGUUUUCACCAACGGAUUGAGUCUGCAACGAUUUGUGGUCUUCAGCUUUUGUCAAGGUGCUGCCUCCAUAGUGGAAUUGUUCCAUCCGCCCUUUGUGGUCUGCCCAGUUCCCUUCCUAUAACUACUGUUGUAAGUGGUGGUGGUGAUGGAACUAUUGUUUCGGAGAUUUUCUCAGUUUUGUCAAUAUGCAGUUCCUCUCUCAACAAAGAUAGUGUAGAACCAAAUAACACUAAAUGUAAAUUUGCAAAUCCUUCUGCUCUGAUUCGUCAUUCAUGUACCAUUCUCACAAUAAUUGCACAAAGUUUGAAAUCAACUGGAAGAAAUUCUGCAAUUUUUAUGCUCACCACCUCACCAAAGAAGCAGCUUGCCCGACUCUCAGUUCUUGCUCAUCAUGUUUCUUAUGAUGAUAAAACAAAAGCCUCUUUCCAACUUCAAAGUGCAUCAGCCAUGUUGGCUCUGGCAUCCAUUCUUUCACUCGAAUCUGUGACUUCGGUUGAGUCUUCGAUAUCUGAAAUUGCUAUGCCCUUAAUUCCCCGAAGUUCUACACUAAGUGACCAUCUUAAAUUUUCAUCAGGAAAUGAAAAUGAACUGGACCAUGGAAAUUUUAAUGGGAAGCUCCCAUAUUGGCUAGGGGUAAAAGAUGGGUGUGUUGGCCUUUUAGAUUCCAAACUCAAGUGGGGAGGACCAUUAGCUGUUCAGCAGUUGUGUGCAAGUGGUAUACCUCUACUUCUUAUCGGCUUAUUAAGCAAUGGGUUUUUAAAUGCUUCUCAAGAAAACGAGUGCCUAAAUGAUAAAGUUGGAUUGUCUCCUAUCGGUGUUGUGUGCACAGUUUCAUCAUUAUGUCACUGUCUCUCUGGUGGCGUUUUGAUUUUUCGUCAAAUUUUGAUUAGGAUUGAACAUGUUAAGCUCAUAUCCAACUUAAUAUGUGAUGUUCAUCUUAAGUUGAUAAAAUUCUGGACCGGACCUGGUGGAGGGCGAGCAGGAGUCCGAGAUCUAAUAAAUGCAGUCAUAGAUCUCUUAGCAUUUCCUUUUGUUGCUCUUCAAAAUGCACCGGGCUUGCCAUCAGCCACUGCUUCUGUUAGCAGUGGGUUUCUUCUUAAUGCUGGUUCUCCUGGUCAGAGAGUAUGCAUGGAAGACAAGGAUACAGUUAAGGCAAUAGAAGAAGACAUGGGAAAAUACAUUAAGAUCCUUAUGGAGGUUGGUGUGCCUAGUAUUAUCCUUCGAUGCCUAGAUCAUAUGGAGUUGAAUGAUAUGGGUAGGCCUGUGGCCUUUCUUGCUAAAAUGGUGUGCCAACGACCUUUAGCAGUCCAACUUGUGAGUAAAGGUCUUUUGGAUCCCAAUAGGAUGAAAAGGUUGUUUGACCUUUCGGGUCCAAAAGAGGUUAUGCUAGAUGCUCUUAUGAUCAUUUCUGAUCUUUCUCGUAUGGACAAGGGAUUCUAUGAAUACAUUAAAGGUGCUUCUGUUUUGGAGUUCUUAAAAAGUUUUCUUUCACAUGAGGAUCCGAAUGUGCGUGCCAAAGCUUGCAGUGCUCUUGGAAACAUGUGCCGUCACAGUGCCUUUUUUUACAGUUCUCUUGCAAGAUAUCAAAUCGUUAGUAUCCUUAUUGACCGAUGCUCUGAUCCAGACAAACGAACAAGGAAGUUUGCUUGUUUUGCUAUUGGAAAUGCGGCUUACCACAAUGAUGUGUUGUAUGAAGAGUUGAGGAGGUCGAUUCCUCAUCUGGCAAAUUUGUUGGAAAAAGCAGAGGAGGAUAAGACCAAGGCAAAUGCAGCAGGCGCACUUAGCAAUCUGGUUCGCAACUCUGACAGACUUUGUGAAGACAUUGUGUCUAAAGGAGCGGUUCAGUCUCUCCUGAAGUUAAUUUCCGAUUAUGCGGCAUCAGCACUAAGCCCGAGCAGAAAUGAUUCAGCAAACGAGUCUCCUUUAAAGAUUGCUCUCUUUUCCCUUGCAAAGAUGUGUGCCCAUCCACUCUGCAGACAGUUCAUCCGUUCAUCACCUUUGUUCCCUGUAAUUGGAAGACUUCAGCAGUCUCCAGAAUCAUCCAUUGCCAAAUACGUAUCAGUGAUCAUUAACAAAGUUGCUGAACCUUGA